AUGGAAAGUAAUUUUUUAUGUUUGGAAUGCUCAAAAGCUUAUUCAUUCCGACGAAAUCUACGGGCGCAUAUUAUAAAACACCAUCCUUCGAAAUUAGAGGAAUUAGCUCCUACAUUAAGAACUGCUGGCAAAUACCCAUGUGAUGAUUGUGGGAAAAUUUUUUCGAAACCACAUCGGCUUCGUGCACAUGAACGCACAGAGCAUGGUAAAAAUUACAACUGCAGUGUGAAGAAGUGCCCAUUAUGUGAUUUUAGGUCUAAAAAGCCAGAAUUACUGAAACAUUUUGAAAACUUUCAUGAUAUAUGUAUUAUAACUGAAGAUUUGCAAUUCCCUUCUUUUAAAGAAUUUCUUGCUUGGAAAAAGAACAUAGAAACUGAAAGAAAGUGUACUUUUUCAGUCGAACGUGGUGUACAGAAAACAAACGUAAAUACUAAGCGCUUUUUUGCUUGCCAUCGUUCUGGUGUCUAUACUCCGCAAGGCAAUGGUAUUAGACAAAUAAAACAACAAGGGUCAAAAAAAAUAAAUGGAUUUUGCCCUGCAAGUAUCACUGUCAAUGAAGCUGAUGGAAAAUGCUAUGUUCAUUACAUAAAAACUCAUGUUGGACAUGAAAAUGAAAUUGAGCAUUGGUUUCUCUCCAAAGAAGAAAGAAAGUACAUAGCUUCUAAAAUUGCUGCUGAUAUUCCUUUUGAAAUGAUUUUAAGCGAAAUUCGAGGCUCUGCUGCAGCAGAUCAAUCACGUAUGCAUUUGGUCACUCGACAUGACUUGCAUAAUAUUGGGAAAAGUGCACUUACCACAUCCAAAACUCUAACUUUGAUGGAAAAAAUUGAGAUUUUGAAGGAAAGCGUUUUAUUCAUGUUAGAUUCAAUAAAAACUGAUGAUGAGUAUGAUGCAAUUAAAGAAUUGUUUGACACAAUGCAGCCAACAUUAGAUGAAGCACGUAACCAGAAUGGAAGUUUUUCUGAAUUUGAAAUUGAUUUUCCAUCUGACAAGAACAUUACACCCAAGGAUAUGACAAAGAAAAACACAAGAAUUGAUGAGCAACAGAGUGGUUUAUUUUCUACCAAAGAAGAAGAAAGAAAAAAACAAGAAAAUUUUUGUAAACCCAUGAAGGAAGAACUUGUGACGUAA